AAAAAGUAAGGCCCAAAAUCUUAUCACAGCAGAGUUUGUUGUUGGGAAAACAAAGAAUAGCCACAGCCACACUCACUCCUCUGUCUCAGCCGUAAACUUGGCAUAUCUUUCUCCGGCGAAUUCCUCGACGAUCUUUGUUUCUCCCCAAAAACAGGGCUGUUAAGGAAUCUGCUUGUGGAAUAUGCCGUAUCUGGUUCGUGAUCAUCUGUUUAUUGGCAACAUAGGCGAUGCAGCGGAGGUUCUUCAGCAUGGUAGUGAUGAAAUUACACAUAUCUUGUCCGUCCUUAGCUCAGCUUCAAUCUCCUUUUUCUCAGAAUGGCGUUCUGGGAUUUCGAUACCAACCAAGGAGAUCCAGAAGGAAUAUGUUGGGUAUUCGGGAAAUGCAGAUGCUAUAACUGAUGAGACUAAGAGCUCAUCAACACCUAAGAAGCUCCUGUACUUGCUUGAGAAUGCAGGGAAAGAUUUGAAGUUUAUAAGGAUGGCUGUGCCCUUGAGAGACAUGGAGAAUGAGAAUUUGCUGGAUUCUUUAGAUGUUUGUUUGGAUUUUAUCGAAGAAAGUAGAAAAGAGGGGUCUGUAUUGGUGCAUUGCUUUGCUGGUGUAUCAAGAAGUGCAGCCAUCAUUGCAGCUUACCUGAUGAAAACUGAACAACUAUCUCAAGAAGAUGCGAUUGAAUCUCUACGUCAAAGCUGUGAAUUUGUCUGCCCAAAUGAUGGUUUUCUAGAUCAGUUGAAAAUGUUUGAACAGAUGGGUUUCAAAGUAGAUCAUGCAAGCAGCGUUUACAAACGCUUCCACCUUAAAGUCCUAGGUGACUGUUAUAAUCGUGGAGAAAGAAUAGACACCUCUAAAUUUGGGGCUGAUCCAGGCUUCGCAGCAGAAAAUAUUUCCUCAGAUGUGGAUGUAUCCUUGUCUAAGGAAACAACUCCUGCUCGAACUUACCGCUGCAAGAAAUGCCGGAGAGUUGUAGCACUGCAGGGGAAUGUUGUGGAUCAUGUUCCAGGAGAGGGCGAGAUGGCAUUUGAGUGGCAUAAAAGGAAAAGUGGCAAUCCUUUUAACAAACCUGAUGAGGAGUGUUCAUCUGUCUUUGUUGAGCCUUUAAAAUGGAUGAGGACAGUUGAAGAAGGUGCCAUGGAGGGCAAGCUUUUAUGUGCGCAUUGUGAAGCUCGUUUGGGUUACUUCAACUGGUCAGGCAUUCAAUGCAGUUGUGGAAGCUGGAUAACACCAGCCUUUCAACUCCAUAAAAGCCGAGUGGAUAUCAGCAGCAUGUGAAAUUUUAUGAUAGGGAAAGCUCCUACUCAAGUCGAGACAUUGAGAAAGUUCUGGCAUUUCACCCUGUCACACACCCAGUGCUUGACGUAUUCCUGGAAAUACGUUGGGAACUUAUUAUACAUUAAAACCAAACUAAUCUGGCUAUACAGUUUUGAUAACAUCUGCAAAGAUUAAAAAAAAAUAUACUAGGGAACCAGUCCCUCUUUACCUGCUCUUUCAUGAUGAUCUGGAUAUAAAUUACUUAGAGGCCUGGGAUUGGGCUGCUGCACAUCUUAUAGGAUUUAUACUCAUUAGCUGUAAGAGCGUGUACUUGAGCACUUUCUUGUCCAAUGGAAGUGUUAUCUGCAUCAGUUUAUGAAAUUGUAUGAAUUUAUCUGUUUGUCAAUUAUGUUUGAUGGCUUUCUACAUCACAUUUUAACACCCACAUUUCACUCAUUGUUGGGUAAGAUCUUUAAAACAUAUUUUGUAUUGGAAA